UUUUUAAAAUUGUGACCCAUCAAUUCGAGUCUCCCUCUUUCGAUGAUGGCUCCAUCUUUCUCUUCCAUGCAAACCGAAACCAUCGUUACUUCAGCUUCCUUUUCUUUUCCAUUUCUACCCAUCCUUACGCCUCAAAUUCACCCUACCAUACCCUUCACAGUAAAAACCAGAAACCAUGUCACCCUCCAGGCACUCUCUUCUUCUUCUUCUUCAUCACCAACCAAAGACGUAUGGAGACGACCCGGUACGACGCGGUUUUACCGAUCAAAAACGCCCCAAAACCAAACCUUUUUAGACCACAGCGUCGACAUGGAAGAGCUUUUGGCUUCAAUAUCCAAAACCCAAAACGAAAAAGACCUUUUUACCCUUCUAUCCCCAUACAAAACCCGGCAACUCUCAAUCCGCUUCAUGGUAUCCCUCCUUUCCCGCGAAACAGACUGGCAAAGAUCGUUGGCUUUACUAGACUGGAUAAACGAAGAAGCUUGUUACUCGCCUUCACUCUUCGCUUAUAACGUUGUUAUUCGAAACGCUGUGAAAGCUAAACAAUGGGCAGUUGCCCAUGGCCUGUUUGAAGAAAUGCGUGAAAAAGGGUUAACACCGGACAGGUUUACUUAUUCGACAUUGAUAACGUAUUUUGGAAAAGAGGGUAUGUUUGAUUCGGCUUUGUCUUGGCUUCAAAAGAUGGAAAAUGAUGGUGUUUCGGGUGAUCUUGUUUUGUAUAGUAAUUUGAUUGAGUUAUCAAGGAAGUUACGUGAUUUUUCCAAAGCCAUAUCGAUUUUUAAUAAGUUGAAGAGUUCAGGGAUCAUGCCUGAUCUUGUUUGUUAUAAUUCGAUGAUUAAUGUAUUUGGGAAGGCUAAGUUGUUUAGAGAAGCGAGGUUGUUAGUUAAGGAAAUGAGGGAUGUUGGGGUUAUGCCGGAUGCAAUUAGUUAUUCAACUGUUUUGAGUAUGUUUGUUGAGAAUUCUAAGUUUGUUGAGGCGUUAUCUGUGUUUGCUGAGAUGAAUGAGGUGAAAUGCCCACUUGAUCGUACUACUUGUAAUAUUAUGAUUGAUGUUUAUGGUCAGCUUGAUAUGGCGAGGGAGGCGGAUAGGUUGUUUUGGAGUAUGAGGAAAAUGGGGAUUGAGCCGAAUGUUGUUAGUUAUAAUACCCUUUUGAAGGUUUAUGGUGAGGCUGAGCUUUUUGGGGAGGCAAUUCAUCUUUUUAGGUUGAUGCAGAGGAAGGAUAUUGAGCAGAAUGUUGUUACGUAUAAUACGAUGAUUAAGAUUUAUGGCAAGUCUCUUGAGCAUGAAAAGGCAAAUAAUCUUGUGCAAGAGAUGCAAAAUAGAGGGAUUGAACCUAAUGCCAUUACGUAUUCAACCAUGAUAUCUAUAUGGGGUAAGGCAGGGAAGUUGGAUAGGGCUGCAAUGUUAUUUCAGAAGUUGAGGAGCUCUGGGGUUGAGAUUGAUCAGGUGCUUUAUCAAACUAUGAUUGUUGCUUAUGAAAGAGCUGGUUUGGUUGCUCAUGCUAAGCGCUUGCUUCAUGAGCUUAAGCAAUCAGACAGUCUACCUAGGGAUACUGCAAUUACUAUUCUUGCUCGUGCUGGUCGGAUUGAAGAGGCUACAUGGGUUUUUCGGAAGGCAUGUGAUGCUGGUGAGGUGAAGGAUAUAUCUGUGUUUGGAUUGAUGAUUGAUCUUUACUCACGGAACAAGAAGCAUGCAAAUGUCAUUGAGGUAUUUGAGAAGAUGAGGAGUGCUGGAUAUUUUCCUGAUUCUAACGUGAUUGCCCUGGUGCUGAAUGCCUAUGGGAAGUUGCGAGAGUUUGACAAAGCAGAUGCUGUAUAUAGGGAGAUGCAGGAAGAAAGAUGUGUUUUUCCUGAUGAAGUUCACUUCCAAAUGCUGAGUCUUUAUGGUGCUAGAAAAGACUUUAAGAUGAUAGAAUCACUCUUUGAAAAGCUUGAUUCUGAUCCUAACAUCAACAGAAAGGAGCUGCAUCUUGUUCUUGCCAGCAUUUAUGAAAGAGCAAACAGACUAAAUGAUGCAUCACGAAUCAUGAACAGAAUAAGUGAAAGAGGAAUUUUGAAGUUAUGAUCCUUUCUUAAUCAACUCUUAUCAUAGCAAAUCUCUCAACUGUUGUUUUUGUAAAUUUCUCUCGAGCUGAUUAUGCUGUGCACACAUUGUAUUCUCAUUAAUUUCUAAUGCAAUACCUCAAUUUCUGCUUGUGUAAUCUUUGUUUGCUUAUCUUAGGUACAAAUUACAAGCGCCUUUCAUUUAUAUACUCAUAAAAAUCACAUUCUUCAUGGUAAAUAAGAUCAGUUACAGACAAGACAGAAAAAUGGAAUUUUCUUUGUAAUAGCUAGGAUUUCUUCCUACCGUUCUAGGUAAGAUUGUGCUCUGAACUUUGAACUCAAGUGGUACUUGUGUCUUACAGGGUAAUGCAGGUAUCCAAAGUUUAUCCCCAAGAGAUUCCUCAUUCUUGGAAAUUAUAAAAGAGAAGAAAAAGAUUUG